CGAACUGGGAUAUACCAGAUUCAACGACUGGCUCUUCACCAUACGCCACGGUCAAGAGAUAUCUGAACAUCUUCUUACAUCGUCAACAGCGAGGAACAAUAGACAUCCGGUCGUUCGACCAGUUGCGCCAGCCGAGGGAACAAUCUUGGCCGCAUGGUUUUCCAUCGGAAUGCGCCGAGCCGAACUCUAGUUUUCUCCUAUUCACACUAAGCUUUACCAAGGAUGGUUUAACUCGCUAAACCCUUCCUCCGCCCCGCGGACUCUUCGAUCGCGAAACCGACAAAAUCAAUCGUUGCCAUUCGUUUGUCAGUCAUUCAGGAUGGCGUUUCUGUGCGCCUAGAUCUCCUGAACUCAAGUUCUCUUCAUCGAAUACCUCCAAGUGAUACACUCCUUCAAGAGAUCUUACCUACCUCAACUCUGAGGUACUUCGAUAGCUCUGGAUAAGCGCUGAAAUUGAAGGAAAUACUUACAAUGACGAAUAAGACCUCCACUGGUGUAAUUCCCAAUCCUUCAGUAUUGAACGGACAGCAAGAAGUCGUACAACAGAACUCUCCGGAAACAGGAGCCUUGGGUUUGUUCGAUGACUUAGAUGAAUAUCCUGAUGGUGGACGAGAGGCAUGGACGGUGGUAUUUGGUGCUUGGUGUGCUAUGAUCCCGAGCAUGGGGUUGCUCAACACCGUUGGUGUGCUCCAGGCUUGGGUGUGGACACAUCAGUUACGCGACUACACGGAAUUUGACAUUGGGUGGAUAUUUGGCGUAUAUGCGUUCUUCCUUUACUUCACAGGUGCACAAGUCGGGCCAAUCUUCGAUGCACACGAUGUGCGGUUGUUGAUGAUUCCCGGAUCUGUGGGCAUAGUGGCUGCUAUCAUGCUACUCAGCGUUUGUGAAGAAUACUACCAAUUCAUCCUCACUUUUGGGGUACUUGGGGGUCUCUCUGCUUCGUGCCAAUUCACACCUGCAAUAGCGACAAUUGGACACUGGUUCACAAAACGUCGAGCACUGGCCACCGGGAUUGCUUGCACCGCGGGCGGUAUCGGCGGGAUCGUAUUCCCAUUGAUCAUCCUAUACGCUGCUCCAAUAAUAGGAUACGGCUGGGCGAUUCGUAUCGUGGGUUUCAUCUGCCUGAUAGCAGGCGCUCUCGCUUCCUGGCUCCUCCGAAAAAGACUUCCACAUAACAAGAAAGCCGGCGCUUCGAUCGACCUGAAGGCUCUGAAGGACACGAACUACGCUCUCACUACGCUAGCAGUAUGGCUUGUCGAAUUCGCCGUUUUCGUACCGUACACGUACAUCUCCUCCUACGCCAUCUACCAAGGGGUUGAACCGCAACACGCAUUCCGAUUGUCUGCACUGCUCAAUGCAGGCGCGAUACCUGGUCGCGCACUCCCAGGCUAUGUCGCUGACCGGUUUGGCUACUUCAACGUCAUGUGUAUCACUUCUUUCACAUGCGCAACCUUCAUCUUUGCGCUCUGGCUCACAUCAGGCGCAAGCGAGGCAGCCAUAACGGCUUUCGCCGUGAUCUUUGGAUUCUGGUCAGGGGCUGCUAUCAGCUUAACGCCUGUUUGCAUUGGACAAGUUUGCAAGACCGAAGACUACGGCAAGCGAUCUGGUACGACGUUUUCAAUCUCUUCACUCGCUGUGCUUGUCAGCAUUCCUAUCGCAGGUGCGAUCAUAAAUGCCAGCGGUGGUGCCUUUACUGGGUUGAUCAUGUUUGCUGGAGCUUCUUACAUGGCGGCCUUCCUGGCAUUCUUAUCGACACGAAUUGUAGCUGCAGGGUGGGGUUGGCGGACGAAGUUCUAAAAAGCUGGCCAUACACCAUCACACCAAAUGAAAUCCAAGGAGUUGCUGUGCAUCAUUGUUUACCUCAAAUGACGCAUUUGUGAAGAAGCAAACUCAUUUAGUUGUGCCUGAGCAGAUUACGGGUAGCAGAUUGGUUCGUUUCCGAUGUAUGCACUGCGAUGUCACC